AUGUCUACUAAAGAUCGUCUGGAGAAGGACUUCUCAAACAGCAGAGAUGCCGGGCAUACUCAUGCUGAAAUCCAAGAUGAUACUCUUCGUCGCAUCCAGACUGCCGGUAGUUUUGUUAUCACUCCUGAGAUAUUCGAAAAGAUGUACCUUACGCCUCCCAACAAGGUCAAAGGAGACCUUCGCUUGAAAUUUGCCAAUCCUACACCAUUGGGUCUUACUGGCUUUGUAAUAGCCCUGACGCCGUUGUGCUGUGCCUUAAUGGGCUGGAGAGGCGCAGGAGGAGGCGGCGCUGCCGAAAUAGGGCCAUACUAUUGGUUUGGGGGUGCCCUUCAGCUCAUUGCAGGUGUCCUCGAAUUUUUCCUUGGGAACACAUUUCCCUUCGUUGUUCUGACCUCCUUCGGCGGGUUCUUCCUCAGUUUUGCGACUACCCUUACACCGUCCUUUAAUGCCAGUGCAGCCUAUGGAACCAAUGUGGAACAAUUCCAUGCCACCUUCGGAUUCUUUCCUUUAUUCAUGGGUCUCCUAUGCGUCUUCUACUUUAUCUGCUCCCUCCGCACAAAUAUUGUCUUCGCCACUAUAUUUUUCUUCUUGGUCGCCUCUUUGGGUCUUUUGACUGCGGGUCACUGGCAGAUAGCUCAAGGAAACGUAGACCUUGCGGCCAACAUCAAUAUUGCUGCUGGCGCAAUUGCCUUUGUUUCCGCACUUGGUGGUUGGUACCUCCUGCUCUCGCAGCUACUCGAAGCUUUAGAUUUUCCAAUUCAGCUUCCUGUCGGAGAUCUCAGUGGAUUUAUCCAGAGUCGAAGCCAGAGGGUGGCAAAGAAGGAUCCUUCUCAAUUGGUUUAG